AAAAUAAAUUAAACUUGACCGCAACUCACAAGAGACUUGAGGGGCAUAAUAGUCAGCUUAUGAAACUUUCUUGAUUUAGGCGAACCUGGCUAAUCAGCCUACGCCACCGCGGCGUAUAGUAGCAUCGUGUGCCACUCCAUGGUGCACACUACAUAUAUAUUAUCAAUCAAAAAUUUCAUGAAAAGGAAACAAAAUUGAAAAAGAUUUGCGCACUGCGCUUCGAGCCUUACUUGAAUUGCUUCCAUUUUUGUGCUCUCUGCAAUUCACCGCUCUCCUCGCUCGAAAUAGUAUUUUCCGCUGUUUUCUCUUUCAAUUUUUGAGAUUCCGAAGAAUGAGGGCAUCAAACGAAGCGUCCACCAGCACUGAGCUGGCCAACAGUUUAUUUCGAAGCCGACCUGAGGUGGCCCUUGAUUUAAUUGCUGCGGUCAAGGGACUGCACGAGCUUAGCCCUCAACAGCUUGGAAAACUAAUCAGAGAUUCUGGGAACAAUGUGGUUAGGCACAUUGCUGAAGAUGGAUCAUGCAUACAGGUUGACUUGGAAAAAUUUGCUAGGUAUCUUCCUCUUCACCUUAUUGCAGUGAUUAUGGCUUGGGAAAGGGACAAAUCCACAUUCAAGUACUUGUUAUGUGGAAUUCUUCUCUUGCAUUCCAUGUGCGAUCUUGCUUCUCGGGUGCCCAAAAUUGAGCAGAUAUUGCUUGAUGAUGUGAAGAUAUCAGAACAGCUAAUUGACCUGGUCUUUUAUCUGCUAGUUCUCCUUGGUGCAUACAGACAGGAAACUCACACCAUUCCCAAUGACAUGGUUCUUCUUCAUUCAGCUCUGGUUGCUUGCAGUCUAAAAUUGUUGACAGUUAUUGUUUCUCCACAGUACCAAGAGGUUGCUCAAGUUUUGACUGCAUAUUACAAGGUGGACAUAUUCAUGGAGGCAGCAUUUGCUGCUGUUUGUGUUGAUGUCAAGUUUCUGCAUACCAAACUGUCUGCUCAACAGGAUGAUUCAUCUGGAAGUGCUUCCCCUACUGCUGAAGAGACCUUGAAUCACCUCUGCCAGCAGUGUGAUUCUUCUCUUCAAUUUCUACAGUCUCUGUGUCAGCAAAAGUUGUUUCGGGAAUGCGUUGUUAAGAACAAGGAGUUGUGUGGCAAUGGAGGUGUUCUUAUUCUGGUUCAGGCCGUCAUGAACUUAAAGUUAUCAGGCUCAGACAAUACUUCCUCGUACAUGGCUGCUAUCUCUCGUCUGAAAUCUAAAGCUUUAUCUAUUCUUUUGCACCUUUGUGAAGCAGAAAGUGUAUCCUACCUGGAUGAGGUGGCCAGCAAUGCUGCAAGUCAGGAUAUGGCAAAGUCCGUUGGACUCGAGGUUCUUGACUUGCUGAAGAAAAUGUUUGGUAUAGAUUCCAGACAGUUAAAUGCUCCCUCUGAGGUAAGCUACCCAAAGGGGCAACUGGAACUUAAUGCAAUGCGCCUGGCAGAUGUCUUCUCUGAUGAUUCAAAUUUUCGAUCAUUCAUCAUGAUAAACUUCAGGGAAGCUUUGGCGGCAAUCUUUCUACUCCCUCAUGGAGAGUUUUUAUCUGGCUGGUGCUCAUCUGAUCUUCUAGUUUCUGAAGAGGAUGCACCAUUGGAUGUACCUCGGUCAUCUUAUGCCCAUCAGAGAACAUCUUUAUUGAUUAAAGUGAUUGCAAACCUUCAUUGUUUUGUUCCUGAUGUAUGCCAGGAUGAGAAGGAUCUGUUUCUCAACAAGUUCAUUCGGUUCAUACAGAAGGAGUAUCAGAAACUGUCAGAUGGAUUCUUCUCUACUUCAGAAGCUGACAGAGUUUCCACAGUUAGCAAGAACUUGUGUUCACUGUUAAGUCAUGCAGAGUCUUUAGUUCCAGGAUUUUUGAAUGAAGAUGAUGUACAACUGCUGAGGUUAUUUAUAAGUCAGUUUGAGUCCCGGAUCGCUCCUGCUGCAUCUGAAGACCAUCUAGUCCAUGAUGGGAAAAAUGCAGUGGUGCGUUCUUCACCCUUGCACAGACAAAUAAGCUCAAAUCAAGGCAAUAAUGUUGUCAACAUGGGUACGCUGGACCUAAGACUCCUUAGUUUCCGAGAAGUGGAUCACUUUGAUGCCAGCAGGAAUGGGGAUGAGCAAUUUUUUGAUAGGAAGAAUGCUGGGAUGAUGGAACAGGACAAAUCCAAUGGGCCCUCUAUAAAUUCGCGGGAAAAUGAGAAAGAUGCUCGAACCUUUGAAACUAGUGGGUCGGAUUCCAGCCCCACUCGAGGAAAGACCCACAUGGAUGUUGAUCAUAUCAAAGGAAGUAGCUUUGACGAAGCUGCUGAAGAGGAGAAGGUUGAUGCUAUGCAUUCUGAAGAGAAGCAGCAAAGGAAACGCAAGAGAACCAUAAUGAAUGAUAAACAGAUAGCACUUAUUGAAUCUGCACUUAUAGAUGAACCUGAUAUGCACCGCAACGCAACCUCAUUACGGUUGUGGGCUGAUAAAUUGAGUAUUCAUGGUGCUGAGGUUACAACUUCAAGGCUAAAAAAUUGGCUUAAUAACCGGAAAGCUAGGCUGGCACGUGCAGCCAAAGAUGUCCGCGUGUCAUAUGAUGGAGAUAGUGCUGAUAGACCAGGAGUCUCUGGGCAUCUUGACUCACCCAGGAGCUCUAUGGAUGAUGCUCGUGUCUCAUUUUCUGCAAGAGGGAGCAUCGGUGAUGAGGUUACAGACACUGCAGUGGCAGCUACUGUUGAUGAAGACUUGGGGACUUCGUGUGCUGCACCUAGGGAUAUUGCAAGACCAAGCCCGUCCCUUGAACCGGGGCAAUAUGUAAUGCUUGUGGACGAGAGAGCGGGGGAGGUUGGGAAGGGUGCAGUAUUUCAAGUUGGUGGACAUUGGUGUGGGAAUAACUUGGACCAAUCUGGCACGUGUGUCGUGGACAUCAAGGAGCUCUCAAUCGAUAGAUUUUCCAAUGUCCUACACCCGGUGGAAGGCACAUGCAACUCAUUUUAUCAGUCUGAAAAAAGAUUUGGUUCAAUGCGAGUCUUGUGGGAUAUAAAGAAACUCUUUCUCUACUUUGAGCCCGGGGAAUACGUGAUGCUUGUAGGCGAGAAAGCACAGGAGAUUGGGAAGGGCACGGUGUUUCAAGUACGUGGGAAAUGGUGUGGGGAGGAUUUGGAGCAAUUUGGGAUGUGCGUAGUUGACAUCAAGGAACUAUCAAUCGAUAGAUUUGCUGACCUUCCGCACCCAGUGGAAGCCACGGGCAACUCGUUCUAUCAGGCUGAGAAAAGGCUUGGUGUGAUGAGAGUUCUGUGGGAUUCGGACAAACUUUCCCGGUUGCCUCCUCGAUGAUUCAAACGGCCUCGUUGAGCCUUAUUUUGUUCUUCAACUUCAAGCUUUGCAGCUAAGCAAAUGUAGCUGCUGCUGCUGCUAAUGGAGAAUAUUUUGUUGUUGUUACCUGUUAGAGAUGCCCACUUCAGUCUGCUGUAUUCACAAGUAAAUUCAUGAUUCUUCUCUAACUAUUGACUUAGUUUUAGUAAAAAUCAAUUUUGCUUGUGCAUUAAA